AUGGAGCUUCGAAUAAAGCUAUUGAGAGAGAAUAGUGAGCUGCAGAACCUUCAUAAGAAAUUUGUGCUUGGUAAUAUCUUGACAGAAUCUGAGUUCUGGGCUACAAGGAAGAAGUUGCUUGAUGGAGACAGUGGCACAAAGUCCAAACAACGGGUUGGUUUUAAAAACAAACAAGGUUACAUUCAAUUUGACACCAGAGAUCAAAUAUCAGGUGGAUGGGUUGGUUAUUUCUCAUAUGAUACGAUGCGCUAUGCGGAGAGGAAAAAGCUGCCAUUCUCUAGUGCCCCACCUGAUGACAGGAACCUUCCUGAUCUCCAUCUUGGUCUCUAUGAUGAUGUUAUUGUGUUUGAUCAUGUGGCGAAGAAAGCAUAUGUGCUUCACUGGGUACGACUAGAUCGAUAUUCUUCUGCUGAGGAGGCCUUCAAUGAUGGAAUACAGAAAUUGGAAACUUUGGUAUCUAGAGUACAUGAUAUAGUCCCCCCGAGGCUUCCUGCAGGAUCAAUCAAGUUACACACUCAUCUCUUUGGUCCUGAAUUGAAAAUGUCAAGCAUGACAAGCAAGGAAUACAAGGAGGCAGUUUUGCAGGCUAAAGAACAUAUUCUGGCUGGUGAUAUUUUCCAGAUUGUAUUGAGUCAACGUUUUGAACGAAGAACAUUUGCUGACCCAUUUGAAGUCUAUAGAGCUCUAAGGAUUGUUAAUCCUAGUCCAUACAUGACUUACUUACAGGCUAGGGGGUGUAUUAUUGUUGCUUCAAGCCCAGAAAUUCUUACCCGUGUGAAGAAGAGAAAGAUCACUAAUCGACCCCUUGCUGGUACUGCCAGAAGAGGGAAAACACCCAAAGAAGAUUUAAUGCUGGAAAAAGAGCUUUUAAAUGAUGAAAAGCAACGUGCAGAGCACAUUAUGCUAGUUGACUUGGGGAGGAAUGAUGUUGGAAAGGUCUCUAAACCUGGUUUUGUUAAGGUUGAAAAGCUCAUGAACGUUGAGCGGUAUUCCCAUGUUAUGCACAUCAGCUCCACUGUCACUGGAGAGUUACUUGACCAUUUAACCAGUUGGGAUGUUCUGCGUGCUGCAUUACCUGUUGGGACUGUCAGCGGAGCACCAAAGGUGAGCAGAGUGAAGGAUGCCAUGUCAAAAAAUUUUCCACAGCUGGAGGUAACAAAUGUGCUGCUCAGGAAGAACAUUAACACGUGAAGGUGACUGGGUAACAGUUUGCAGCAUGAUGUUAGUAGGAUAAAGUAAACAUGUGAAGAUGAGCAACUUCCCAUUGAACAUGUAUUUUCUUUAUAUCUGAAAACACUGGAUGUUUUCCUUCUCUACCUCUUUUGUAUUUUGUUGUGUAUACAUUGCUCCUACUGGGGCUCAAGUUUUGAUAGUCACAUCUUCUGUUCCAUUGGACUCACACAGAAGGCUUUGGUAACUACUGAAAUGGAACUAUUGUUUUAG